AUGGCCGCUUCCCGCUUACCCCCAGCAACACUAAUGUUAAAGCAGUUCAUCAGAAGGCAACAAGUUCUUCUCCUCUACGGAAGGAUUUUCCAAACAAUUCACCAAGUUCCAAAUGAUUCUGAUCGCAAAUACCUGAAGGAUUGGGCAAGGGAAGAAUUCAAAAGAAACAAAAGUGCCACCGAAGAGGAUACAAUUCGGAUGAUGAUUACUCAAGGCAAUAUGCAGCUCAAGGAGUUAGAAAAAACACUUGCUUUAGCAAAAUCUUAACUAUAGCAUUAUUCUGAAGGAUUUUCAAAGUCUCCAUGUGUUUUGUUGCAUUUAGGAUUAACAAUGGACAACACAAAGCCCAGUCUUACUAUUUGUAUGUACAGUAUUUGGUGAUAGAGAGCAAAGAAAAACACAUCAAAACAGUUGCCUUAACACUGAAAAACAUACCCUGCAUUUUGAAAAUGUUUAUGGAUGGCUCAGCAGUUUUUAA